AGCAAAGAUGGGGUUAGUUGAGUUGUAGUGGUCAGAGCAGUUGAUUUUCUUUGGGAUUUCCUUCCAAUUGUCGUCUUCUUUGUGUUCUCCGUCAACCAACGUCAGAAUCGCCCUUAUCUUCUUCCAAAAUCCAAAUUCAUCACGAUCUACUGGAACUUGAAUCGAAUAAUCUCAAAUUCAGAAGCAAAAUCGCAACAAGAAGUAGAAGAAAAUGUGUUGUUGUGGCGGUGGUGGUGAUGAUGACUGUAAAUGCAGGCCGUUAGGGUUUCUCUUAGGCCUACCGUUUGCCUUCGUCGCACUUAUCCUCUCUCUGAUCGGAAUCGUCAUCUGGAUCGUAGGGUUGAUUUUGAGCUGUUUAUGCCCUUGUUGUUUUUGUGUAACGGUGCUAGUAGAGUUGGCAAUCUCGUUGAUCAAAGCUCCAUUCUCCAUCAUGAAAUGGUUUACUGAACAGAUUCCUUGUUAGAUCUUUUCAUUUGAAUGCAGGAAUAUGAAAUCCAAACUGUUUUAUUUUGUAUAAUUCUUCCAUUAAAGUUAUUGAUCU